AGGAAACAUUUUCCCCCUGGAACUGUCCCCUGUUGAUAUGACGGUCACUACUGCUGGGUCGCACAAUGCUCAGAAGGCAGAAACUCGGUGCCCCCGAACACAAGAGGGAUCCUGCAGCUCAUGGAGGAACUUUGUCCAUGUCCCACAAUAACACACGCUCUUUUUUCAACUUUUCUCAGCUUGUGCUCUCUGCUGGCAAUCUCAAAUCACCACCAGUGCUCAAACAUUCAAAAAUUACUUACUUUGAAGUGGAAAUCCUUGAUGUGCAAAGCAAGAAGCAGAUCUGCAUUGUGGACAAGGUACCUCCAUCAUCCACUCUUCUUGAUGUGAAACACAAAUUUCACAAAGCAUGUCCCCAGUGGUACCCUUCUCGUGUUGGCCUGCAACUGGAACGCAAUGGGCCCUACCUGAAGGACUCUGUUAACAUUCAAAGCCUUGCAGUGUCCUCCAUCAUUACACUGUAUUUUACAGACCUGGGUCAGCAGGUUGGUUGGACUACAUUUUUUCUAACAGAGUACACCGGGCCUCUUCUAAUAUAUCUGCUCUUUUACAUUCGCCUCUCAACUAUUUAUGAUCAAGUGGAAAGUACGAAGAACUUCCGCCACCCAGUGGUUCACUUGGCCUGCUUCUGCCAUUGUUUACACUACAUCAGACAUCUUCUGGAGACGUUAUUUGUUCACAAGUUUUCUGGAGGGCACACUCCUCUGAAAAAUAUGAUAAAGGGCUGUGCUUUUUACUGGGGAUUCACUUCUUGGAUCGCAUACUACAUCAACCAUCCGCGAUAUACGCCACCAUCAUUUGGCCAUAGACAAGUGUCUCUUGCUGCCCUUGGUUUUCUGAUGUGUGAAGCUGGAAAUCACUUUAUCAACGUAGCGUUAGCUCACCAAAAUCACUCAGGAAGUAAAGCCUGUUUUCCAAGUCCAACCUACAACCCCUUCACAUGGCUCUUCUUGCUGGUAUCCUGUCCCAACUAUACAUAUGAGGUUGGUUCUUGGAUUAGUUUCACGGUGAUGACACAAACACUGCCAGUCGGCAUUUUUGCUUUCCUGAUGGUCAUCCAGAUGUCUCUCUGGGCCCAAAAGAAACACAAGCUGUACCUGAAGAAAUUUUAUCCAGAGGUGCGGAGAAAAGCAGCUAUGAUUCCUAUCAUCUUCUGAGCCCUUCACAAGAGUUGAAGCCUAAGUGUACAGCUCAAUAACUAAUGCAGAACAAAUGAGCCAUUUAAUUCAGUAACCAAAGAGGACAACCUACUGGAUAUCUUUUUCAGAAAAAUAACAGAUCAAAAAGAAGAGGUUUUAAUUAAGUGGGAAAAAAAAAAAAAAAAAUAGCUCUUGAAUUCUUCUUUCCUUCUAAAAGAUUUUAAAUUAAUUUUCUGCAAUGGAGCUAAUUGGAAGACGAUAAGAAAAUUUAUGUUGAAUAUGAGGCUAGAUAUUUAGCAGGUGUAAAUGGGCACAGAUACUGCUGAAAUUAAUGGAAUACACCUCAACUGCAUGCAUUCAGAUCUGGUGAUUUUAAGGUUUGGUGUUAGAUGUUGACCAGAUGCAUGGAUUUUUGCAUCUAUUAAACUGCACAGAAACAGCAUGUCCUGCCUCAACUCCUCUAAAGCAUCACAUCAAAGGAUGACUUGCUAAGCUGUUAAAACAGUUUGGGCUACUUUUACAACUUUUUUUUUCCCCCCAUCUUUCUUUUUUAUUUGAUUCUGAUAGCAAAUUGUUCAAUACAAAUUGGCUUAAAAUGAUUCACUGCAGAGACAUCUGGUUUUCUUUUAUUUUCAGGUAGGCAGAUCAGCCCCGCAGUCCCAGGAGGGGACUGUUUGUGAGCUGCUUCCCAACUUGCUACUAAUUUGCUGCAUGACCUUGGGUACAUCAUUUAAGUCCAUACCCCCUUUCUCACAUUAAACAGCUCUGGAAAUGGCAGAAGACUUUCUGGACUAACAAGCAUGUUAAGAUCUUCUUGUUCAAUGCCCAACUGCAUCUGGACACCGUUCACUUUAACUUGUAUCAAGCACUGUGAAAUCCUUGGGCACAAGGUGAACCAGAUUACAGCUUGUUAUCAAAAAGGAGAGGGAUUUUGACAAAAUUUCAGUCCCUAUCUGAACUGGCACAGAUGAAUGGCUUCUGCUCCACUUCAAUUUGGCCAGUAAGUUCUCACUGCUACUUUGCUUUCCAGGACAUUAUUUUCCAGGGGAUCCCCUAAAAUCCCCUGGAUUUGUUAUUCAAGUCCUAAAAACUCUGUUUAGCUCCAUUUGCAAAUCAGUGGAUCCUUGCCACGCAGAAGCACAAUUGUAGUUAGAGACAGCAAGAGAAUCAGAACUGUUUAAGCAUGCAUUUAUGGCCUAACUCUGUAUAUCUUAAUUCUAGUUUCAUUCUACUACCAUUGCACAUUUAUCAAGGUCUUUUGGCUCCCUUAAGCCUGUGAAAAAGAUUGCCAGAAAACCUUUAGUUGUUAGAGAAAUACCAAAAUACAGAUGCAAAGUAGGCAGUUUGUCUCCUAGAGGCUAUGUUAUCUUAGCACCAGCCCAAGUGUUCUAACAAAGUUCAUUUGCCCCCAAAAUUGUGUUUAUAUUCCUCUUCUAAUGUCUAAUCUAGAGUCUCACAAUUUGCCCAUUAGCAACAAUAACUCAUUUUCAUCUUGGUAAAUAAAUCACUUUCCUUUUUUUUUUAUUAUUUUUUUUAAGCUGAUAACAUCUAAUUUUAUUUUAUUUUUAAUCCUCUCAAUGGAAAACCCGAGUUAGAGUGAAUACCCAGUUGUCUAACCCAGACUACUAAUAAAGAUCUGUUUCAGAAAAAGUAUUUUCUGUACUCUUUAGUCACUUAUAUAACAGAAAUAUUUUGAAACUUUUUGUUCCAACUAGUGUUAGACAUGUGAGUCAUAAGAAUGUUGUCUCUUUUUGUUUUUAACUCCAGUUACUGGGAUUCUUUUAAUUUCAGGUUAAUUAAAUGUCUCAUUUUAGCAGUCUUGAAGUUUGAAUAGUUCAUGAGGAAAGGUAACUUGGUAAAAUUACACAUUUAUCUAGUAGUCUCUUGGUUGAGAUUAUUGCAGCUUUAAGUCUGUUCAAGGCAUGCUACCAGAGUGACUCCAAUUCCUGGGAACACAGUUCCUCUUCAGCAAUUAGUUUAAGCCAAGUAAGUACUUCAGGAAUUGUUUACCUCUCUGCUUUUUAGUAGGUUAAUUGGUAUGUGAGGAUAGGGGAAGAAGGGUGUUGGCUCCCUAACUGAAUGACUGAAGUUUUAAAAUCAUGGUAGGAGCAAAUACUAGGUAAUAACAAAUGAAGAUAUACUACAACAGGCUGUCUAAUAAAUAAAUAAAUA